AUGGAUGAUGAUAUUAGAGCGGAAAAAUAUCCAAAGGUUUGCCCCAACCACCACUUACUCUUUGAUAUUGUCGAACAACACCAAACUGACCGUAAACCAAAUAUCCUUGAUAUGUUCGAUGUCGAACUUCGGCAGAAGUUUGGAGAUAACCCAAUUGUUGAAGAAGACGAGCACGGGUGUACGGGUGCAAAUAGCGUAGCCGCGAACGUUGAUUUGAUGGGUAUAAUAUGGUCUAAGAUGGAUCGACCAACAAGGUUGGAUUUGGCAUUUAUCAGACGUUACAGGGAUCAAUGUCCUCCUGUAUUCCACGUCCUACAAGGUUCAGAGAUGUAUGAAAAAGUAACAUUGGGAAUAGGGGUACUCAAACUAGUGAUGCAUAAUGGCUGGGAUAACGUCACUGCAGUUGGGAAAGAAUGUGCGGGACAACCGGUCGUGGACAAAACCUUAUUCUUCGAUAAUUUGGAGAAUUUGUUUAAACAAUCGGAGGCUGAACCCAUUAACAAUGAAGUGCAACAGGAAGACGUUUGGAAUGCAUUAGAUGAGUCUACAAAUAACAACCUGGUCGAGGGAAGUGAUGCUACGGGAUCACCAGCCCACACCAUAUCUACGGUACAAGGGAAGGAGGGGAAAGAAGAUCAUGGAAAUUCUGACAUAACACAAGGAACAACGACAUCAGAAGAGGAAGAGGAGAGGAAUAUGGAGUGUGAGGCUGAGGCUAAGAAGUUAGAGGAGGAAGCGGAGAUGAUUAGGGAGCGUGAGGCUGAGGCUAAUAAGUUAGAGGAGGAAGAGGAGAGGAAUAGGGAGCGUGAGGCUGAGGCUGAGAAGUUAGAGGAGGAAGAGGAGAGGAAUAGGGAGCGUGAGGCUGAGGCUAAGAAGUUAGAGGCGGAAGCGCAGAUGAUUAGGGAGCGUGAGGCUGAGGCUAAGAAGUUAGAGGCGGAAACGCAGAUGAUUAGGGAGCGUGAGGCUGAGGAGGACAUGGAUAAAAAGUUACAGGAGGAAGAGGAGAGGAAUAGGCAAUGUGAGGCUCAAGAGUUAGAGGAUAAGAAGUUACAGGAGGAAGAGGAAGAGGAGAGGAGUAGGCAGCGUGAGGCUCAAGAGUUAGAGGGAGAAAGGGAGAGGAAUAGGCAGCAUCAGGCUAAAGCAUUACAGGAGGAAGAGGAUAGAAAUAGACAGCAUGAGGCUGAAGAGUUAGAGGCGGAAAAAGAGAGGAAUAGGCAGCAUCAGGCUAAAGCAUUGGGGGAGGAACAUGAUAGGAAUAGACAGCGUGAGGCUGAAGAGUUAGUGGUGGAAGAGGAGGAGAGGGAUGGGAACAAUAAUGCACACAAUGAAGCACCAGUACAAUCAGUUGCUGAAGAAGAGGAAGGUACAGAUGAUGAAAGAACAGAUGAUAAUGAUGAACCCAGACAGGAAGUAAAUGAUGAUCGACAAGAGGAUGAUACAGGUGAUGAGAAUACAGAUGUUGAAGAACCAAGACAGGAAGUGGAUAGUGCUACAGGUCAUUACAUUCUUCAAUAG